AAUAGACAACAACCUUCCACAACUUCCAAGUCUCAUCUACAGACAAAGUUGAACUACUUCAUCGAAACGGGUCAAAUUCUUAAAAUGUCUCCUCUGCAAUUUGAUAGAAAGAAGAGUUUAUCACGAACACGAGCUUCUUUGAAAAUGGGACAUAACUAUUCUUUGCAGAAGGCACUCUUGAUCCUCAAGCUGAAGUAUGACUCCAAGGCAUUCCAGAAACCAGAUGGCUCAAUAUUGGAUAUCCACAAACUCAAGCCUCUGGACUUGAAACCGGACUCCGAAAAGGCAUUGAUCAUAUUCAAAAAUUUGAUCAAUAUGAAGACUUUAGCCAAAAUAUCACCAGAUAAGCGUCUAUUGUACACUUUGCUAGGCACUAACGACCAACAGUUCAAAGACCCUUUCCUUGUCACGUCAGAUAUCUUAAAAUUGUUGGAAAGAGACAACAACAUUGAUCGUGCCGUCUAUCUUGCUAAGCUUGUAGAUCCAAAAGAUGCAGUUGUAGGCAUGAAUGCUAUUCUCCAGUGGUUGUUGGAAAGAGGUGAUGUUCAAGGAGCUUUUAAAAACUACAAUGAUCGUAAGAAAUGGAACAUCCCGGUCAAUUCACAGACUUAUGUGAUCCUCUUUGAUGGGUUGGCCAAAUCUCACAUGUGGGGAGAUGUCUCUGACCAACUUUGCGACAAGGUGGUGGACAUCUUUGAUCGCUAUAGAAGCCAAUACACUAAAGACGAGACUCUGAUAAAUAACCAUGCGGCAAGGAAAGAAUUCAUUGCAAAGAGAUGUUCGAUACAACACUUCAAUGCCUGCUUGAGUCUUCUUGUGAAGAACUUUAAACAAGAUCAGGAAAAGGCAUGGACUUUCUUCGACAAGAUUAUCCCUGACCCCAAGUCAAAAUUGCCAGUGUUGGUUGCAGAUAUCCAGACCUUCACGAUCCUCUUAGAUGGAGUUAAACGAUUUUCAAUUGAUAAAAGUGAAGAAAUCAAAAACAACAAACAAAUGCCAGUUAAUGAAAAGACUCUCAGACUCUUGGAAAUACAGGGGAAAUUAGUAUCUACAGCUGAAGCAAUUUUGGACAAAGUGUUGAAGGAAGCCACGCCUCCCGUUCCACCAACAAGAGAAGAAGUUGAAAGUAACACACAAAUAUUAGAUGACUAUAGAGCAAAGUCUAGACGGAGAUUGAUAAAUAUCGAUCCAUCUUUUGUCUCUGUGUUCGUUUCCUGUUUCAUUAGCAGCCAUUUCGGAACAGGCCAUGACAUUAAGCUGGGUUCACAUUACAUGUACGUCCAAAAGGGUAUGGAAUAUUUACGAUUAUGGUGUCCAGAGAUUGACAACUUGUGCAAUUUUGUUUCUAAAAUUGACACAGAAUCUAAGCCUAUUACACCACUGAAAUCACUCAAAUACCACACAGAUCUUAGAUUGAAGAGUGCCAUUGAUAAACUUGCCUUAGAAAGCUCAAAUGUUCUCAUAGAUGAAGCAUCUGCAACUGAUGUACUUCCAGAAAACAUAACCUCUGUUCAGCCCUUGCAAAAGUCUAUCAUAAAUCCAGAGGUCGUCUUCCCUCCUCCACCAUCUUCUAAAAAUAAGACAAGAGCUAUCUUCAGCGAUAAGAAAAAGCCAUUGGUUGACUUUACUCGUGUUCCAAUUGAAGACAUAAAACUCCUAGAAUUGCAUAGAGCCUAUGAAACUUCAAGAGGAAAGUUUGGUAGAAAGCUUUCUCAUGAUCAGUUGCUGAUACUUAGAAGGGAGAGAGCAGGAGUCAAUAAGUUCUUGAUUUCCAAUGUGUUGGAUGGCUUACUUAAACUUGGAAGAAAAGAAGAAUUUUAUUUGUCAAUAUGGUUUAUCUUGUCCAAGUGGGGUGGAAUUGAAUUUCAAGCUGAAGAUAUUUUGAGAAUCAAGACGGAAGGACUUCGGAGAGGUCUAUUGAGAGAACCUAACGUAGCACAUAUUGACUCUCUAAAGCAAUGCGAAACUGAACAGAAGCACAAAGAGGAUAUUGUUGACAUCAUGUCGGUCGAAAAUUUGAUUUUCAAACUUAGUGAGCAGUUCAAGACUAAGGGACAGACUGCAAGCCAUGUAAUCGUUGACAUUUUUUCAUCUUUGGCUAACUACAGCACAAACUCUUUUUUCUCGUUGAAACCAAGAAUUAAAACAGCAGAUGUUAUCUUUUCUACUUUGAUCAAAGAUUUACAUUAUUACAAUGACUACAACUACAAUAUACUGGUACUAGAAAAGAAAGAAAAGAACAUUCCAAACAAUACACCUCGUAAAUCUAUCACAAAUGGUCAGUUGGAGUUCUUCUUGGAAGACUUGAAUAGGUUCUUAGAAUCUUUGAUAACAGCGGAAGGGCGUUUGCACCCGCAUUCUCCUUCCAAAUAUUUGCUUCCUAAUGUCUACUUAGACUCAUACAACAAGAUCAUUGAUAGAAUUUAUAGAAGCACAUGGAUCGAUACUUCUGAGGAACAAACAUUAAAUCAUCACAAGCAGAUUGUUAGAUCUGGAAUUUUGCUCUUCCGUCCUCAAAGCUUGAUCGAUCCUAGAGAGAACCUUCAGUUUGCAACCCCAAUCAUCAAAUCAAUGGAAAUUGUAUACAAUAACUUGAAGGAUAAACAAGGACUAUCUACUGAAGAUGUCAUCGUGAUGACGAACUUGAAGAGAAUAUUCCAGUUAGAUAUCGAGGGUCAAGCCGGAAUCGACAAGUACAAUAAUCUAGCAAAGAAGAUUCAAAGAGCCUUGCAAAUUGAUACGAAACAAAAGAACAAAGUAACUAUCAUUUCAAAAGCAGUUGCAGAAGAGGAAAAUGAAAGCAAAUUACCAGCUUGAUCUACCUGAUUUUCAUUGUUUAUCUUCCAUCAGCUUCUAUCUGCAUAUUCUAAUAUUGUGGAUGCAAAAUUGCCCUAGGCUUGAUUAGCCUUGUUGCAAAUUCCUGUACAUACGUAAUUGCCCCUCCACAAUCAGACUAGAACUUUUCUGUACAUAAUUCGAAGUCGUUUAGAUUUCUUCUCCAGUGUAUCAUAUCAACCCUAAUAUAGAAUGGCAUACCCGGUUAUAGUAAUAUCAGAUCCUCAUAAAUAUGACUAUAGUACUUUUGUAAACGAAGUGUUUUCAACAAAGGUCUCUUUUGG